CGUUAACGAAAACGCUCUACCAAAUAACCGCGUUUAGGAAACGCUAUUAGUUACCGAGUGUGGUUGGGACCGAGAGACGUCACGGCUCAACCAAUCCGCAAAUAAGGAAGCGCGUGUGUGUAAGUAGUGGGUGACCACUUUGCCUAGUCUUAAACGUUAAGUUUGGAAAUACCAAAACUAGCCUUGGUUGGGUCGAAGAAUCUCAUGCCCCUACCACCCAACCCAAUCACAAUCCUCGUGAACACACCACCUUCUCUCCAAUCUGGAUCUGGUUCUUCUUCUUGGUCUAUUCUUCAUCUCACCGUAGCUGAUCUCGUAUUGUUCUCCGUUCAUUUGUUACGGUGGAGAUGACAUCGGAUCACCGCCACGCUGAUUUCUCUCUGGAAUCGCCGGAUCCGGAGGAAGGAGGUGUAGGAGACGGAGGAGAAUCUGAUACUGACGAGGAUUUGCGUGACAACGAUGAUGUUGUUAUGCCGGAAGCGAACGAAGCCGAAGCUGAAGACGACGAUCCCGAAGAGGAAGAUCUCAAUUCUCCGUCACUCGCCAUGGUUUCUACGAUCUCGGCGACUGCGGUUGUUUCCAGGAAGCCGACGGCGACUUCCUCUACAGGCGCCGUGACUGUUGCUCUUCCGGCUGGAUCCGCCGUCCCUGUCUCUGUGAUUCCCGUUGAUUCCGAUCCGAAAUGGCACCGUAUGACGGAGAUCGUUCACCAGAGACCUCCGAUCGAUGAUUCUAGACGCCUGUUCCAGAGGCUGUGGACGGAUGAAGACGAGAUCGAGCUUCUUCGUGGUUUUCUCGAUUACAUGACGACGCACCGUGGUAGCAGCUCGCAUCCGCCGGAUACGGCGCCGUUUUAUGAGCAGAUAAAGUCGAAACUUCAGCUGGAUUUCAACAAGAACCAGCUGGUGGAGAAGCUUCGAAGAUUGAAGAAGAAGUACCGGAAUGUGAUGAGCAAGAUCAGCUCUGGUAAAGAGGUAUUCUUCAAGAGCCCUCAUGAUCAGUCUACUUUCGAGAUUUCUAGGAAAAUCUGGAACCAAACUGGGAAAAUCAUAGGGUUUGAAGACAAUAAUGUAAUGGAUUUCGAAGAAACCAAUAACCAUCAUAACACCAAUGGUAACUACUCAACCUUUAACAGCCCUAGCUCUAAUCCUUCUCUGGAGCUCGAUUCCGAAAACGGAGUCGAGAAGAAAUUGACAAUGAGUAGCAGUAGCGUGUCGAGAAAACGAUCACGAUCAAGGAUUGGGAAGAUUGAGGAAGACAAUAAACCCAUCAUCACUCCAUCUGAUGGGCAGAUACCAAAUGCAGCUAGCAAUGUUAACCUCAACGAAACCGCAGCUGCUGUUGGUAUUGGAGGAAAUCUCGGGGUUUUGAUUGAAGAGACUGUGAAAAACUGCGUCUCUCCUGUGAUCAAGGAGAUGAUGAAUGGGACAACAAGUAUGAUGAUGGCUGCAAUGGGAGGAGGGUUUCCAGGUGGUGGUGGUGGUCAUGGCUUUGGCUCGCUAAGCCCCAUGUUUACACGGCCGCUCAAUUUCGGUUUUGGUGUAGAAGGAGGAGGAAACAAGGCGGUGGCAGAUGAGCGGUGGAGGAAACAACAGAUUCUGGAGCUGGAAGUGUAUUCAAGGAGAUUAGAAUUGGUUCAAGAGCAAAUUAGAACAACAUUGAACGAGUUAAAGACGAUGCCGAGUGGUGUAUGAUGAAGAGCAAGAAGAAUAAGACAAGAAAUAACCAGUUAGGUUGAUAUUUGAUAUCUCUGAGUUAACCUUCUGGUGUGUGGGUGAGUAUAGUAUGAGAUUUGAAUCUUUUUUAAGUUAAAAAUUGCUAAGGUAUUGUGAUCUUUCUCUAGGUUUUGAUUUUUUUUUUUUCUUAUCUUUAAAUUAUUUGUCAAUAGGGAUGAAUCAUAGGUGGGGGGGGGGGGGGUUUGUGUAUAACCUUUGUAUUAGAUUAUAGUUUUUUUUUCGGAAAAUCAUUUGUUCAAUAACAAACAAACAGACUUCUAGCUGUUUAUUCUCUCAAAAAGAAAAAAAUGAAUAAUUCUAAAUUGUGUGCUAAUCUUUCUCUGUUUAAUAAAAACUGUAAUAACAUGUUUAUUUCUUGGUCGAA